UGCCUGGUUGCAUGAAAGCCUAAGACUUCCUUAGCGAUCAAAACUUUAGCCGUACGAUACCAUCGAGUUAGUUGCUCGUAGAAAUCAAUCCGGUGCGGAUGUUAAAUGUGUAUCUUUGCUGACAACAACGCUGUUGUGUAGAUACUUUUCCAUCUAGUAAGAGAGAAACCGACGACGAGAGAUAUUGUGUCUUUUCCAACUGAUCGCGCGCGUCUCAUAACACAACACACCUUUUGAUUUUGAAGUCCUUUCUGGGAUCGAGGUCGACUGCAAGGACAUCCCUGUGGAAGUCACAUCAAUAUUUAGUCAUCAUUUCAAUAAUUCUGUUCUGCCUUGAGCAUAAGAUCGAGAGAAAAAAUCGAAAGCAAAAUAAUUGCUUAGAAAGUUUAACUCACGAACCAAACAAAAAUUUUUAAUUUAAAUAAUAUUACUUGUGGGACCUCUUUAUAGGAGAGGCUUGAGCACAUUUUUAUUUUUAUACAUAUUUCUGUGGUGUUGCUGGUUGCCGCUGCUAGACCUGGCUUACAUUUUUUUUGUAAAGAAAGUUUGUUGUUUAACGACGACGACGAAGACGAUUGCUACAACAACGUCGACGGUGACGGUGACGGUUUUGUCAAAAAAUGCUCGUAAUUUCAUGUGACAGAUGAAAAGUGUUCGAAUAUAGUGUGUGUUCGAGUGUGUUUAGUUUUUGCAGCUGGUGACCUAAAAUUCAUAUUCAUUCAUUUAGCUUCUUUGUGGUGUAGAAAAGUGUGGAUUUUUGUUGGAUAUCUACUAAGUAGAAAACGCAUGCUGCUGAAGACAGUAGUACAUUUAAGCUGCAACAUGGCUAGUAAAGUGUAUUCGAAUGCACUUAUAGCAAUUUUUAUAUUGGGAUACUAUACAAUUGUUGGUGUAAACAGUAGUGAUGUUUCAACAAUAUGCAGUUUUCCAGGCUCACCAGCUCACAGUUCAAUUGUGUUUUCAAAUUCAAGCUUGAAUCAUGGUACUGUUGCAUCAUAUUCGUGUGAAAGAGGUUUUGAACUUCUUGGACCAGCACGUAGAGUAUGCGAUAAAGGAACAUGGAUGCCCGAAGGAAUACCAUUUUGUGUUCUCAAUGUGGCUGCCGGGAAAGCUCCAAUGCAAAUAUCAACAGAAGGAUCAGGCAUACCGCAAAAAGCAAUCGAUGGCUCCACAUCCGCAUUUUUCAGUGCGGAAACGUGUUCGCUUACAAAAUCAGAGCGCUCCCCAUGGUGGUAUGUGAACCUGCUUGAACCGUACAUGGUGCAGCUCGUUCGCCUAGAUUUCGGAAAAUCAUGCUGUGAUAAUAAACCAGCAACGAUUGUUGUGCGCGUCGGAAAUAAUCGACCAGAUUUGGGAACGAACCCUAUUUGCAAUCGAUUUACCGGACCACUCGAUGAGGGUCAACCUCUUUUCUUACCCUGCAACCCACCAAUGCCCGGUGCAUUUGUAUCAGUUCAUUUGGAAAAUAGUACACCAAAUCAACUAUCAAUCUGUGAAGCAUUUGUCUAUACUGAUCAAGCUCUGCCCAUCGAACGUUGUCCCACAUUUAGGGACCAACCACCAGGCGCUUUGGCAUCGUACAAUGGAAAAUGUUAUAUUUUCUACAAUCGUCAACCGUUAAACUUCUUGGAUGCAUUAUCCUUCUGUAGAUCCCGAGGUGGCACACUGAUAAGUGAAAGUAAUCCUGCUCUGCAAGGUUUCAUAAGCUGGGAGCUGUGGAGAAGGCAUCGCAGUGAUGUUAGUUCCCAGUAUUGGAUGGGUGCUAUUCGGGAUGCAGACGAUCGUAAUUUGUGGAAAUGGACUGAUGGUGAGGAGGUGACUGUAUCAUUCUGGAACCAUCCCGGAGGUGAUGAAGACUGUGCUCGGUUUGAUGGUUCAAAGGGAUGGCUAUGGAGCGAUACCAACUGCAACACUUUACUGAAUUUCAUAUGUCAACAUCAACCAAAAACUUGUGGUCGUCCAGAACAGCCACCAAAUUCAACAAUGGUCACACCGAACGGAUUCGAAGUGGGUGCCGAAGUGCAGUACACAUGUGACAGCAACCAUUUGCUCGUUGGCCCUGCCACAAGAACUUGUCUAGAAACCGGGUUUUACAAUGAAUUUCCACCAGUUUGUAAAUACAUUGAAUGUGGACUUCCUGCCUCCAUACCACAUGGCUCAUACGAUCUGAUAAACGGAACAGUUGGAUAUCUUAGUUUGGUGAAAUACGAAUGCCAAGAAGGAUAUGAAAUGCUCGGAAGGGCUUUACUCACUUGUGACUUUGAUGAACGCUGGAAUGGACCUCCACCUCGAUGCGAGAUUGUUGAAUGUGAUACAUUGCCUGGAAAUUACUACAACACCAUCAUAACCGCACCAAAUGGAACAUUCUACGGAUCAAAGGCUGAGAUUACAUGUCCACCUGGAUAUCGCCUGGAAGGUCCUCGAUUCAUAACUUGUCUAAGCUCUGGACAGUGGAGCAGUGCUCUUCCUAGAUGCAUGAAACUCGAGACAUCAAGUACUAUUCCUGUGACAUCUUCAACCACGACAUUCAGACCCAAGACCACUGCUACCCGAAGACCAACAAGGCCAACUCUAUCCACCACUCUUUCUAUAAGCUCAACACCAAUCGUCGAAAUUAAUGGUGAACUAGACGACACUGAUGAUGAAGACGUCACAUUUGUUGUACCCGGAACUGUGCGAGAAGAAUUCCCACCCAAGCGAGUAAUUCGUCCGGUUGUUGUGUCCAAGAAUAGAAUUCCAUCAUCUUCUCCAUCUCCAAGACCUCCUUCAACUACUUCAACCACAACAUCAACAGCAAUUCCACCGUUCAGCACAAUUGGACCUAGUGUACCAACAAAAGUUCGUCCAUUGCCUCCAUUGUACGAGACUACUACUCCUGCUCGAAACACCCAGAACAUCAUUCUCAAUGCUCAUCCACAAGACAAUGAAAUAUCCGAUAGUGUCAAUAUUCAACAAAAUCAAUCACCAAAUGUUAAUGUUCCAUUCUCUGUGGAAAAUUCCGAACGCAAAGAAGGAAAAGAGGCUAAACUUAAUCUUGGUGCUAUUGUUGCUUUGGGUGCUUUUGGUGGAUUUGUAUUUUUAGCAGCUGUUAUAACAACUAUCAUCAUUCUUGUUAGGAGAAAUCGUACAACACAUCACUAUCGUCAUAGGGCUUCGCCGGAUUGUAACACUGUAGCUUCAUUUGACAGCUCCACUUCAGGUUCGAGAAAUGGAUUGAAUAGAUACUACCGCCAAGCGUGGGAAAAUCUUCAUGAAUCUGCUUCGAAAAAUAGUUCCCACAAUGCUCUUAGAAAAAAGAACCUUCAGGAAAACCAUGAGCCUCCAAGUCAAGGCCGAUCAAGGGAUAACAUGCGAGAGAACAUACAAAGAUCUCGAGAAAAUCUAGACAGGGUUGGACGAGACUACGGCUUGAGGGACAAUUCAGAACUGGUUGUUUCUGAUGUUUGCAUUAAGGGUGAAAAGAAACGUCAUCAUCAUCACCAUCACAAGAGCAGCAGUCGAGGUGGAGAAUAUCGUGAACAAUCGGCAAAUGGAAGACGAGACCAUCGACACAGUGGAGGUCAUUACUGACCAACUAUGGUCAUUACCAUAAAUGUAGAUCAAGAACAUACAUAUACAAAAAAGCAAUAAAACAGCAAUAUUAUUAGUCUUAUCCUUAAUUAAUUUCGCAUGUAGAAAAUUAAACAACAACAAAAAAUCUUUUAAACAAAAACAAAAAUUCAUUGUUCACAAUUAAUUAUAUUUAUUCAUUCAAUAUUUAUAAUAAUAAUAAUUUAUAAAAAAAUAAUUAUUUAUUAAAAGCAAACAAAUAAGAAAAUUAUUCAAAAAGAAAAACAUUAUUUUAAACUGUUCACAAAAAUAUAUAAAGUUUGGCACUGUUGUUUUGUGUUGGUUAUUAAUAGAGAAAAGAAAAAGUGUCCAACUAUGAAUAUCUUGGCCUAUUUUAAGUACCACCACCCCUCUGAAUCUUCUUAGAUUUCAACGUAAUAAACACUUAAAAUGGGUCGACGUAAUCAUAGCCCUGCCAAAGUUAUUGGUGGAAUCAAAAGAAAAAAAAGUCAACUUAAAUUUGUAAGAAAGUAGAAAGAAAAAUUUGUAAAAACGAAAAACAAAAAUAUUUUUUAGACAAAAUUAUAAAAUUGUUAUUUCAAUUUAAAAAUGGAAUUAGCACUUCGUAUAAUUUAUGUGCCAUUAAUGGCAACAUUAAAAUUAAAAGAAUUUAGUUAACUUUUUUUAAAAUUAUUUUAUUAAUCUAAGAUUAAUUAAAUUGUUUUAAAUUAUAAAAAAAUACAUAAUUAAACUAAAUUUAUUAAAUAUUGUUGGCUUUUAGGUUAAGGAAAACAAAAAUAUUAGAAAAUUAAAUUGUAAAUAAUUAUUUUCUUUAAAUGUUUAGAAAUAAAAAUAAUUAUUUAAUAAUACUAAAAUAAUA